AUGGACCUGAUUGUGGCCUUAGUCCUCUGUCUCUCCUGUUUGAUCCUCCUUUCCCUCUGGAAGCAGACUUCUGAGAGAGCAAAGCUCCCGCCUGGCCCCAUGCCACUUCCGAUUAUUGGAAAUAUUUUACAGCUAAAUGUUAAGGACAUCAGCAAAUCUGUAAGCAAUCUCUCCAAGACCUAUGGCCCUGUGUUCACUCUGUAUUUUGGCAUGAAGCCCACUGUGGUGUUACAUGGAUAUGAAGCAGUGAAGGAAGCUCUGAUUGAUAUGGGAGAGGACUUUGCUGGAAGAGGAAAUUUUCCCCUGGCUGAAAGAGUUAGUAAAGGAAAUGGAGUUGUUUCCAGCAAUGGAAAGAUGUGGAAGGAGAUUCGCCGCUUCUGUCUCAUGACCCUGCGGAAUUUUGGGAUGGGGAAGAGGAGCAUUGAGGACCGAAUUCAGGAGGAAGCCCGCUGCCUCGUGGAGGAGUUGAGAAAAACCAAUGCUUCACCAUGUGAUCCCACUUCUAUCCUGGCCUGUGCACCCUGCAAUAUUAUCUGCUCGAUUAUUUUCCAGAAUCGUUUUGAUUAUAAAGAUCCAGUUUUUUUAAACUUAAUGAAAAGAUUUAAUGAAAAUGUCUCGAUUUUGAGUUCUCCAUGGAUGCAGUUCUGCAAUAUGUUCCCUGUUCUCCUUGAUGUUUUUCCUGGGAGUCAUAAAAAAGUGUUUAAAAAUAUUGCAUAUAUAAAAAAUUAUAUCUUGGAGAAAACAAUGGAACACAAAGCAUCUCUAGAUGUUUCUAAUCCUCAGGACUUUAUUGAUUGUUUCCUUAUCAAAAUGGGAAAGGAAAAACACAAUCAGGACUUGGAAUUAACUCUAGACUCCUUGGCAAUUACCGUACUUGAUCUGUUUGGAGCAGGGAUUGAGACCACAAGCACCACCCUGAGAUACGCUCUCCUCCUGCUGCUGAAGCACCCGGAGGUCACAGCUAAGGCCCAGGAGGAGAUUGAACGUGUGAUUGGCAGACACCGGAGCCCCUGCAUGCAGGACAAGAACCACAUGCCCUACAUGGACGCCUUGGUGCACGAGGUCCAGAGAUACAUUGACCUCCUCCCCGUGAACCUGCCCCAUGCAGUGAUCCGUGACAUCAAAUUCAGGAACUAUCUCAUCCCCAGGGGCACGACCAUAUUGACAUCACUGACUUCUGUGCUGCAUGAUAGCAAAGAAUUCUCCAACCCAGAGGUGUUUGACCCUGGCCACUUCCUGGACAAGAGUGGCAACUUUAGGAAGAGUGACUACUUCAUGGCAUUUUCAGCAGGAAAACGGGCAUGUGCAGGAGAGGGCCUGGCCCGCAUGGAGCUGUUUUUGUUCCUCACCACCAUCUUACAGAAGUUUACCCUGAAGUCCGUGGUUGACCCCAAGGACAUUGACACCACCCCAGUGGUCAAUGGAUUUAUUUCUGUGCCUCCUCAUUACCAGCUCUGUUUCAUUCCUUUAUGA